AUGGCCACGCCUGCUCCGAGCGCCAACUCUUCCUCAACUUCGUCUUCUAGGUGGGAGAGGUCUGGCGACAUAGGCUCGGCUUUUAGCAGCUUCUCCCGUGGAGGAGGUGGCCGCGGUCGUGGAAACAGUCAUCGUGGAGGCAGAGGUGGUGGUGGCCGUGGCGGUUCUCGAGGCUCAAAUUCCAACAGAGAAGGUAGAGCCCCACCAGACUCUCGUCCAGAACGAACACAGGAAAAACCUAAACCCGUGCCAUCCACCAACAAACCGCCCUCUGUCGCUGACCCGAGCGAGAAACCUCCAUCAACACCCCGGACAAAAGGUUCAUCGCGUCGAGGCUCCCGUGCUGCAGCCCCUCCUCCCAUCUCUACCCAGGUGUCAACCCAGUCAUCGGAACUGCCAACCCCUCAAUCAGCUUCCCGUUCUUCCAACAGGCGAAGGCGAUCCAAUGCAAACAGAGGUUCAAACUCGAAGAUCAAACCCAAUGGUCCAGACGAUCACUUGCUGGGAUCAGGUCGGCCCCGUGUAUCCUCCAUUCCCCAGACGGCACCCAUAAGAGAUACACCCCCGCACCUUGCAGCCAGAGCCAGUAAUACUGGCACUCCUGACAUGCGUACAAACAUUGAUGCACUUGUCGAGCGUGUCCGAGCGUCAGCGAUGGCUGAUAAUCGACCUUCGACCCCUGGAAGCCAUAUUGACUGGGCAGGAGACGACGACGACAGUCUCCCGGACCUUGACGACUGGGGAAUCACAACAACGAACACCAGCCAGGCGUCCCUCCCUGCUCAGACCAUCUCCCCCAUCAUAGUCGAUGGACUCAAACCUCUCCCGGAACCAAUUGCGGCCAAAGUCCCUACGCCUCCCAAUGCUGUACCAACUCCCCCACCCGCAGUAAAACCUAACCCCCCUCCGUCCACGAACUCGAAGGCAGGCGAAUCAAAACUGCCACCAGCACCACCCACAUCCAAGCCCGAGGCAACGUCUUCCAAACCUACAGAUCAAGCUUCCGAAGUUCCCCAGAACGCAAAUCCUCAAGAAGCGCUCCCUCCCCCCGCCAAGAAAUCGGAAGCUACCUCCAAAGCUUCCGCUUCAGAAACCAACUCUACCCCCGCUCAAGUUUCUGGUGGUGCUUCCACCCCCAAACCAGUAGAACCCGCUACGGCUCAAGACCCCCUAUUCGGGGGUGUUGGGAAUAAGGAAGGACUUUCAGCUUCGAUCCACGCACCCAAGGGUCCUGCAGACGCGACGUCCGCUCCAGCUAAUUUAUCAACCUACAACAACCUUCCCAAACAACCUUAUAACCACCAUCACGGUUAUAACGACAACAAUUCCUUGCACGGGUUCAGCCACGGCGCCAACAACCGUACACGCGGUGGACGACCGUUCUCUUAUCACUCGCAGAACUAUCGAGGGCGAGGUGGUGGUUUCGGAGGAAAUCAUCAUUCAAGAAAUCACUCCUCGCCCUCCAUGGGAACCAGUGGCAGACCAGCACAUUCUCGACCUGUCAUCACAGGGGACGCGAUUUCGCGUUUGGCUAGGACCAUCGUAGCCACCACCCCCAAGGCUGCUCAACCUGUCUCUUCCGGUGGUGACUCCUGA